AUGGUUAGAAGUAAGGGUUUUGGAAAGAUCCGUUCCUAAACUAUUAGAUGUAAAUAUUAAUUGAACAUUGUGAAUAGGAAAGUUGAAAUUUUUGAUGUUGGAAAAUAUUAAAAUGGCUUUAGAAUUGAAAGAUGGAAUUUUAUUUCUGAAAAUGCUAAGAUGUAUUUAUUUUGAAAAUUGCUUAGUGGUUGUGGGUUUUACAAUAAAAAUGGCUAAAAGUAAGGUAAAUGGAUUGAGCUAGAUAAAGGAUUUUAUAAUUUAAAAAAAGUGAUUUAUUUUGGAGAAUAUAAUAUGAAUGGUAUGAAAUGA